AACAGACCGUUUUAAGAACGUCUCAAAAGAACAGAGAGGGAAAUCUAACACAGAGACUUUUGAAGCUUGAGAAAAGUAACGUAGCUUCCACAUUAACAGAAAUACUGACACGACGUCUGUUCUUCUACUUUUAUAUAUAAAAAGGGAAGCACAGUAAACCUCAAUUAUUUGAAAUGAAUGAUCUUGAAAUGGACACAGUAAAUAUUUCUACCGUCAUCUAUGACACACUUCUAAAUGAAAGCAUGGACAACAUCACCGAACAUCUAUUGAAGAAGCUACAGUCUUAUGUGAAUAACAGGGCCAUAAAUGACUCAGCUUUAACUGUUUUACUUCUGGCCUACGUCUUACUAAUCCUUGCAGGUGCUAGUGGCAAUGGUCUGGUAUGUAUGGCUGUAGCCAGAAAACCUCAGAUGCGAACCUCCAGGAACGUAUUCAUCAUCAACUUGGCGAUAUCUGACCUUAUAUUAUGUCUGUUUACCAUGCCCUUCUCUUUGGUAGAGAUUGUUCUGAAGUUCUGGCCUCUUGGGGUCAUCACCUGUAAACUAGUAGCCAGCCUCCAAGCCACCAGCAUCUUUGUGUCCACAAUCAGCAUUACAGCUAUUGCCCUGGACCGAUAUAAAGUAAUAGUCUACCCUACCCAGGAAAGUUUUCGCCCAGUCCACGCUGUCUGCACUCUUAUCUCCAUCUGGACAGUGGCCUUGUUACUGUCCAUUCCUUUGUUUAUAUUUCGCACUGUCGACCACAUCCACGUGGGGCUACCGUGGCUUGAUUCUGUGGACUAUUGUCUGGAACGCUGGCCUCUGGACCACGGCCGUGCUUUCUAUUCCGUAUUCUCUAUGAUUUUCCAGUACGUCCUACCAAUAGUCAUAGUAAGCGUUGCAUACGCCAGGAUCUGUCGAAAGCUAAAGAACAGAAUGGCUACCAAUUGCUCAAAGCUCGAGGAGAAGCAGGAACGGGAUAAAAAGAGAGUCCAGAAGACAAACAUCCUGCUAAUCUCGAUUGCUCUCAUCUUUGGCAUCAGCUGGCUCCCCCUGAAUAUUUUGAAUAUCAUAGUCGACUUUCACUACACUUUCCAGGAUCCCUCUGUCUUUCGGAUUGUUUUUGCUUGCUGUCACAUGGCUGGUAUGAGUUCGGCUUGCUCUAACCCAUUUCUUUAUGGCUGGCUUAAUGAAAACUUUCGGAAGGAAUUCAAAGACAUCUUUUCAACUUGUUACACCUCAUUUUCGUACAACAAAAGAUCCGCUAGGGGAGAGACAACGGAGUCUAUUCUGCUCUACUCAAGAGCCAAUGGGAACAAAACAGGAAGAACCGACAUUAGAAAGUACGAUACUGUAGUUGUGACAACUAAUCUGAGAUGAAUCACUGGUCAGGCAGGUCUGAAGAUCCCACCGGCCUCGUUCUCGUGGAUUCCCUCAGUUUCGAAUACAAGAAUAAUCUCCAGUUUUCUGGAAACAUCUAUAAACACACUUAUCUUCUACUAGCGCUCUAAAGUACCCUUUCUAGUCUACAUUUAAGACAAUAAUUAAGAUAACCACCUGUAUGAAUACAGGUGUAAGUUUGUGUGUGUGUGUGUGGCUGCUUAAGUGUUAAAAUAUUAUACUUCUAUUAAGUGUUUCGUGUUAUUUGAGCUAUGUAAACAAAGAUAUUGUGUAAACAAAAAGAUUGUGAUGUCACAGUUGAAUUUAGUGUAGCAGUUUCUAAUUGUAGUCUUCAGAUUCAAGAAAGCUCCAAACGGGUUGAAAGAUAAAUAGGUACGAUGAGAAGAUCUUAAUAGCUGUGUGUUCCAGUUUACGUGUCAACUAAAUAAAUGUAUAAUCUAAACAUAUAUUUGUCGUAUUUAUAUAUUCAAUGUAUACUUGUGUGUAUACGAAACUCCGUAUAUUUAGCUAAUCGUUUAACUCGUAUAUAUAUAUAUUCCAAAACAUUGCAUAAAAACAUUUCUUGAGUUAGCGUUCAGUGGCGUAACUAUAAAAGAUGGACUCCCACAUAAAACGUAAUUGGGUCCUCUACAUUUAUUCUUAUGCGGGUUCAUUUACAAUCUAUGAAUUUAGUUUCUCUCAGUGGUAUAUUAAAAUUGUAUUAGAAAUAUUUAAAUGUAAUAAAUAUGAAAGCUACUAUUAUUAAAGAAGGUAUUUUACGAGUAUA